ACUAUUCUCAGACCAUAUCUAUAACUGGAACACAUGUUGAGAUACCAAAAUAUCUUUGUGUGUGUGUGUGUGUUUGCUCAUUUUGUCUGUAUUUUCUUUUUGUUUAUUCACUCACCCCCGAAAGAAAAAUUAAAACCAUUUCUCUUCCAGUAACCUUCAUCAUGAGUUGGAGGCAUGGAGAAAGUGAAGACCAUUUCCACCCCCGAGGAAGAGGAUCUGUUCCACCAUGGAGACAGAGAGGAAGAGAUAGUGGUAACAGAUCCCACAGUCAAGACCAUUCAUCCAUAGAAACUGAUUCGUUUUCCAGAAGAGGCAGAGGCAACUGGAGAAAAGGAGGUUCAAAAGGAGAAAGGGAUCAGAAUAAAAGGGGAGCAAAAAGUCAGGAGAACUUGUGUGAGGAUUUUUUGCCUGAGAGAAAAAGAAAGGGUCCAAGAGAAAGGCAGUAUCCAAUAGGUCGCAAACAACUUGAGCAGUUGUUGGACCAGCAACCUGAUCUUGUUGUAUUAGAACUCCUCCGAGAACAGUCAGGUUACCAGCUAUAUCUUCAGCAAGAUGAAGUACGCAGUGAGAGCCUAAUAUUAUUGAUAAGGGUCCUUGCAAGGGCGUGUUCAGCUAAAUCCAAUAAGGAAAAUUUGUUUGACUUGUUCAGUAUAACUUGUGAGCAGAAAUUUUUGGAUAGAUUGUGUGCCUUUUCAAUGACCAUUAAAAGGCAAUAUCCAAAUGAAGCAAGUAAUUUUUUUCUAAAUCUACACAUAUUUCUUGAAACCUAUGCCAAUGCAAUGACUACAAAUGCUAUUGAUAAAAUUACUGACUUGAUUGAUGCCUGUAUAUCAGCAUUGGGUAUUUUACAAGACCAAGGAUUUGUGGCAGCUGAAGUGAAGGAAAAGUAUGAAGAAUUGCAAAAAAUGUUAACUGAAGCCAGAGAAAAGUGGAUCCGUGAGAAAUCCCAAACAUGGAAAGGACAAAGGGGAAGGUAUGCGAUGGAUGAGAUGGAACCACCAGAUGACUUCAGAGACUUACCUGUCCAUCCAGUUCCCUAUGAUCUCUCAAAACAGCAGCGCCCCUUUCUCCGCAGGAACAUAGUUGAAGGGAAGUAUAAAGAUAGCAAACAUUACUUAGAUGUUCAGUUCCGUCUUUUGCGUGAGGAUUUUGUCAGACCAUUAAGAAAUGGAAUUAAUGAUUUCAUAUAUAAUAUGAAGAAUAUAAGAGAAGUGAGAAUUUAUAGAAAUGUAUCCAUUGUAGGGUCUGAUAUCAGAAGAAGAUGCAUAAUCCAUUAUAUUCAAUUGAACUUGCCCAAACAUUUUCAGUUUGUGAAUUCAAAGAGACUUUUGUAUGGAAAUUUUCUUUGUUUCUCAAAGGACAAUUUCAGGAGUAUGAUUCUUGCAUCAGUUGCAGAAAGGGAUGUAGAUAUGGGUAAAGAAGGAAUUAUUGGAGUCAAGUUUGAGAGUGACAUUCAAGAUCUUGAUUUGUCUGGAAACUUUACAAUGGUAGAGUCACGAGCAUAUUUUAUGGCUUACAAGCAUGUUCUCAAAACCCUACAAAACAUGAGUGAUACUAGGGUUCCAAUGGAGCAAUACAUUAUCCAUGUUAAUCAAGAUGUGAAAACACCAACCUAUUUGGACAAGGAGGAUAAUUCUUAUGAUUUACGUGUAAUAACUGAUACAAAUAUGAUGAAAAAGAGUGAAAUUCAUAAUAAACUGAAAUGUCUUCAGUUUCAGUUUAGGAAACAUUUAGAUAUUGAGCAAGAGUCAGAUACUGAGGAAGCCUCAGAUAACAGGUUUGAAGAACUGCGCAGUGUUCCAAUGUGUCAUGGCAUAGAGGUUUGGCCUUCUCAUUUACAAAUGGGCUUGGAUACAUCCCAGCAUAGGGCAUUGCAUGGAGCAUUAACACGACAGUUUGCAAUUAUACAAGGACCUCCUGGUACUGGCAAGACUUUCAUAGGACUAAAGAUCACUCAGACUCUUCUCCAUAAUAGUCAAUUCUGGAAAGAUGAAGAUAAUCCAACCCCAAUACUUGUUGUAUGUUAUACGAACCAUGCACUGGAUCAGUUUUUGGAGGGAAUAAUGACAUAUACAAGGAGUAUUGUAAGAGUUGGGUCAAGAAGCAAAAAUGAAGCAAUAAGUAAGUUUCAGAUAAACAACCUGGCAGUAUCUUUACGUCAGUACCGGGGAAUACCACGUGCUAUACAUGACAGGAGUUCAGAAUUAUUUGAUAAUGUUAUAGAUCUGGAAUAUAAGGUAAAAAACCUUAGAGCCAUUGCAAAUACCUGUGUUGAUCCUGAAGGAAUUUUUAAGCUAAAAAGCCUCCUGCAAGAAGAUGUUAUCCCAAAACAUUUACAAGAUCAAAUUAUGCAAGGCACUAAUCAAAUGACAAAAUGGUUGUUGCUCAACAUGCAGUCUGAUGACCUCAGAAAUGCUUCAUCAAAAGAAACUCUUCGGCCUGAUGUAGGGAAUACAGCAGAGGUGGAUGGGUCUCAACCUGGCUUGCAAGAACAUGAUAAUGGUCUUAAAGAUAAUGAUAACUAUGAUGACUAUCUACAAGAUGCUGAGGAACUGAUGCAAUUAGAAGAGAAAGAUAGAAGACUUGAUGAUCUAGAUGAUAUACCCAUGAGAGACCAAAAUAUUAAAGUGUUUUAUGAAAUAACUUAUAAAAUGCUUGAUGAAAGUAUGAAGGAACUGGUCAACUGUGAAAAUGACCCAGAAGAAUUUUUCCGGUAUGCUAUAUAUAAAAGUCAGAAAGAAUGUCUUCAAAUAGGAUUAAAUUUACCUGAAAGUCAUGCAGAAAUGGCAAAAUUAGAAACCCAGGACAUAAACAUGUGGAAAUUGGAUUUUCCAACAAGAUGGAGGCUUUACAAAUUUUGGCUAUAUAAACUGUAUCUGAAAGUUGUGAAGAAACUGACAAUACUAGAAGCAACAUUCCAGAGGAAAGCCAAAGCUCUCCAGGAGAUAAAAGACCAAGAGUUUCUGCAUAUAAUGCGACAUCACUCUAUUGUGGGUAUGACCACUACAGGUGCAGCGCAGUACAGUGCAGUAAUGCAAGACCUCUCACCAGCAAUUGUGAUCAUUGAAGAAGCAGCAGAAAUAUUGGAGUCCCAUGUUAUUACUGCUCUAACUUCAAAAUGUCAGCAUCUAAUUCUUAUUGGUGAUCAUCAGCAACUGCGACCAAGUGCAACUGUGUAUGAGCUAGCAACAAAGUAUGGCUUGGAAACCUCCCUCUUUGAAAGAAUGAUCAAAAAUGGAUUAGC